AUGUCUUCUAAUAAAUCAAACAAUUGCACAACUCAGGUUAAACUGGAACUUAAAAAAGUCAUAGAAAAUAUAAAACUAUUAGAACAAGCACCAAACGAAGGGGAACACUGUCAAAAUCUCGCAGCCAUAACAAGUGAAACAGAAGAACUUCUGCGAAAACUUGAAAAAGAGCCUUUGGAAAAAUGUGCCGCAAACAUUCGGAAACUACAAAGAAAACGACAACGCAAAAAGCUUAAAAAGAAACAAUGGCAGGCAAAGAUGAGAGAACAAGAAAGUCCAGAUAAUUGGGAGAUUAGUGAUAUCAAACCAUCAGUAAGCCAAAGUAAUAAACCAUCCACAUCCUCAGUUCAACAUAAACAAAAAUCUCACACUCAUUUAAAAAGUCUGCACGAAUGCCAACGUUUUCUAAAAACUUUUGAGCUAUUGGAACAAUUACACUUGGCCCGUUGCCAAGAUCCCUCCAAGACACGGGAAUUUGCCAGUAAAUUACAAUAUUUAAAAUUUGUCUGGAAUUCGUUGUUACAAGAAAAACAAAAUGACCAAUCGAAUACAGAGCGGCAAGUAGAAGUGCAAUGGAAUCGUGUUCUUUUUGGCAUGUCAGAGAAAACCUAUUUCGAGGGUCAUUCCAGUAUUAAAUACUUUCUAAGAAAAAGGCACAUCUGGGAUUCAUAUAUCGAUAAUGAUUAUGGCACGUCAAUACCUAUCGGAUGGGUUAUGCCACCGAAAGAUCCCAACCCCAAUUGGGCUGAAUACCUGGAGAAAAGCUAGUGUUAAAGAGUAGUUAUUGUUUGCUUUUGUUCUGAAUGUUAUUUUCGAUUUUAAAUAUAGUUAAGCAUUGCAAAACUACACAAAGAGUCA